GGGUCUUCCCGCCGAGCGGCAAGCUUGAGGUGAAAGCAUCUCCUACUCCCUGGCGAAAAGGAAGCAGCACACCCAUUGUCAUCCGCUCACACCUCCACAUCAUGAACUCCCUCCGUGUCGCCCGCGCGGCAAUCAGAGCCCGCCCAUCUGCCUUCCGCGCGCCGCUCCAGAGGCGCACGUAUGCCGACGUUGCGCCCGACAAGAUCCAGCUGAGCUUGGCUCUACCUCACCAGGCCAUCUACAAGUCGCAAGAUGUCGUUCAAGUCAACUUUGCCGCAGAGUCUGGCGACAUGGGUGUCCUCGCGAACCACGUUCCCUCCAUCGAGCAGCUGAAGCCGGGCCUCGUCGAGGUCAUUGAAGAGGCUGGAGGAAGCAAACAAUUCUUUUUGUCUGGUGGCUUUGCGACCGUCCAGCCCGGCUCGGUGCUCAGCAUCAACGCCGUUGAAGGCUACCCAUUGGAAGACUUCAGCGCCGAGGCCGUGAGGAACCAGAUCUCCGAAGCCCAAAAGAUCGCACAAGGCAGUGGCAGCGAGCAGGAUAUUGCCGAAGCAAAGAUCGAACUUGAGGUUCUGGAGAGCUUGCAAGCUGUGCUCAAAUAGAUACGCCUCCGGAUUAAUUGUACAUAGUCCCGUUACAACGAUAUCUGGUGAUCUCGCACCUUCUCUUCCAAACCACGCUGCGCUCCACUACAGGGACGUCCCUUCCAACUCGCCCUUGACCCAGGCGCUGUUUCUGUUUCGCCUUUCCCUCAUCUU